AUGGAUCACGACGGGGAUAGCGCAAACGCCGCAAAGCGCCGGCGCGGCCGCACGGCGACAGCCUGCAUUGCGUGUCAGCGCAGGAAGAAGAAAUGCAACCGGCAGUGGCCGUGCAAUCACUGUCAAGAACGCAGGAUUGCUCACUUGUGCGAUUUUGGGGGUUCCAAGACGGCACAACGAGCGCAACCAAGGAGCUCCUCGACCAUCGCUCAUCCAGAACAGCCAGCUUCAAAGGUUGAGACGACGGCGACAGCGACGGCGAUAUUGGUGACGACAACGACGACGUCGACAUCAUCAGACGAUUCCAUCUUGUUCCCAGAUGCAGCCUCCGCCGUUCACAUCCUCGGAUAUGUCAAAAGCGGCAUGUUUGAAGCGGUCAUGGAUACGCAACCAUCAAAUGACUCCCGAGUGCUAGAUUUGCCAGCCUCUGUGUUGCAAGCAACUCGUGCCCUGCCUCCACGCCCAUACACGGAUAUUCUUGUCCAGAACUUCUUCGACAGAGUGAAUUACCAUUACGGUAUAUUGCACCAGCCAUCAUUUGUGACUACCUACACAGAAUGGUGGUCCCAUCGCCGUGAGCCUCAGUACUCACGGAGCAUCUCUGGCAUUGCGAUGGCGUGUCUCCUACUUCGGAUAUGCGCCAACUCAACUCAGUUCAUCUCCUCUACUACAAAAUCUCAGCUAGAAUCAGACCUUGGGGACUCGGUCGAAAGCAUCAGCAAGGACUACCACGGGGCAGCUGAUAUACUCAGCGACGUCCUCCCAGCUGGUGCCGGCGGCCUGGUCAACGCCCAGCAGCUCUUUCUCGGGGCUACAUGGCUCAAAGCAGAAGCAGAGUUUGUCAAGGCCUGGCAUCAGCUGGCUGCCUGCGUGAGACAAGGACAGGAAAUUGGUAUCCACCUCGAUGACCUACCCGGCGGCAUGACUGUAUUUGAGAGGGAUUUGAGAAGGAGACUAUGGUGUGCAGCAUAUACCUGGGACAAAUUUAUGGCUGUUACAUUUCACCGACCACCCAUCAUCCAACCUGGUGACACAGUUCAACCACCCAACCAGAGUCUCGAUAGUUCAGCAACAAAUCCCGAAAUUCCAUCUCCUUCUGCAGCCAAGGUAUUUGAAAAUCAACUUGCAAGGCACUUGGUGGAGUCAGCACCUGCAACAAAUAACUAUGUCGACAUGCUCGCAUUUGCCGAGAGAUGGAUGCUUUCACUACCACCUGUCUUUGGCGUCGCCGACCCAGACAGGCAAUGGGAUGCGGAGUACCCGUGGCUGGCCUUCCAGCGUCUACAGUUGCACUCAGUUGGCUACAUGACACAACUAAUACUUCUCCGGCCCCAUAUUGUAUCACAAGUGGAUGCUACUCACGACGAGCAGCCGGAAACGGAGCGAUCUCGUUCGGUACACCAUGCUGUUGAUAUUAGUCUAAAGGCCAUGGCUGUGAGCAAAGAAUUCUUCGAUUUGUGUUUUCCAGAAGCGGCCAAAUAUUUCAUGGUGUCCUUCUGCCCCUUCGACAAUGCGGCGUCGCUGUGUUCUCUGCUGUUGCACGACACUGAGGGAAAUAAAGUACCGAGACGCCUGGAAGUAGUGGCGGCCAUUGGAACAGCUCUGUAUGUGUCUCACUGUCUGCGAGGGUACACAAAGAUGUCCGACGUCACAUGGAGUAUUCUUACCGCGCUCAUAUCGCAUAUCGAUUUUCAACCAGCUGAGAAAGACGUACUGGACGAAGCUGCUCGGUCCGGUAAGACUCGUAUCAAUGGCGUCAAUACAACGCAAGUCGAACCCGAGACAUCCUCCUCUGAAAAUCUCAAUUUCAUGGUGAAUGGCCAACCAUCUACGAGUGGCCAAUUCGAUCUCUUGGACGCAUCCUUGGCUAUGGAAAACGGAGUACAGGGAAUCGACUUGGGAAUUCUGGACGGGUUGUGGGACUGGCAAAGUUUGCAAUUGGACUUCGUUGGAGAUUCUCUUGUCUAA